UUAUAACGGUCUUUACGUACCUCACCCCCCUCCCCACUUCUGCAACAAGUUGGAUCCUCUGAGACCAAAAGAAACGCUGACGAACGUACAAAACAAGAUGCUACGGGUCUAGAAACAUCUACGGCGACGUUUGGACAACAUGCAGGGUUCGUUAGGUCGCCGCUCGACGUCGUCGCCCUAUGGGAGCUACCGCCGCCCGCCGAGCCGGGGUCGCUACUCCACCGGCACGGGCAGGAGAAGUCAGCGGUCGGCCUCCACGCCUCCGCGGCAGAAGACGCCGUGCUGUACCCGCAGCCGGGCGCGGUGUGCGCUGAUCGUGCUGCUGGUCCUGGUGGCGCUGGGACUGGCCGGAGUGCUGGUCUGGAACUUCACCUACCAGCCGCUGGUCGUCGACUUCGAUGGGCUCGUGCAUUACGACGGCGCGAGCCAAUCCUUUAUACUUAGGAAUCUUAGCAAGUACGAGGUUCUAAGAGGAACGUUAGGAGCAGACCUGGGCCCGGAGCCGUACACCUGUAGUACCGGGGACGCCUGCUUCCAGUGGCCAGACCGAGCCUCCCUGGUCCUCCGGCACCGUGUUCUAGAGGAGGAGGACGUCCACUGCACCAACGUGACGUGGCAGGCGCUGUCGGCGGAGUGGGACGGCUGGAGGCCCGUAGAUUGCUUCUCGGUGGACACGGCGCACUGGUACGGCGGACCCGUCAUGUACCAGCAGCGGUGGCCGGUCAACAAUGGGUCAGGAGUCAUGCAGCCAUACAUCACCAAUGACUUCCAGUUGCGGGACUUCCCUGUAAACACAUCGGUGGAAAACUUCACCGCGUACGGAAAUGUCGCAGACAGGUUCUUCUUCUCCUCUAAGGGUGUUGCCAUCGUUGUAGAUGACGUCACCCCUCUACACGUCAGUAUAAACCAGAGCGCUGACGGGAAACUUUGCUUCAUGGCAAACUACACGUCAGACUACCCGGCGACCUCUGUCGGCAGGAGACCGGUACUACAGUACACCGUGUGCUCCGGGAGAAACGCCUUGGACAUACAUGAAUACAUGUACAGCCGCUUCUAUGGGAGACUAAAUGCUGUCCCUGACACGCGAAUGUUAGAGUUUCCAGUCUGGUCGACUUACGCGCAGUAUGGACCCAAUGUCAGUGAGACUGAAGUGGGAGAGUUUGCCGUCCAAAUCACCGAGUACAACUUAACUGGGAGUAACAUGUUGCUUGAUGAUGCAUGGGAGGGCAAAUAUGGCGACCUGACCUUCAACACCACCGCCUUCAAGUACCCUAAUCCCAGCACUCUGAUUGGCUACCUGCACCAGAAGGGGUUAGGGGUCAGUCUGUGGAUCACGCCCUUCAUCAACACAGACUCGUCAGCCUUCAGGGAGAGUGCUGAGAAAGGGUAUCUGGUCAGAACAGACCCAAACAGCCCCACCCUGGACACACCCGUCCCCGCCCUUGUCCGCUGGUGGAGGGGCGCGGCUGGCCUGCUUGACGUCACCAACCCUGAGGCACGGAGGUGGUACCUGUCCCGGCUACACUUCCUGAGAGAGAACCUGACAGUCGACUCCUUCAACGUUGACGCAGGGGAAGCGAGGUACUUCCCCGACAUCCCCUACUACACAAACGAAUCCCUGAUCAACCCAAACGUCUACAGUUCAAAGUGGGUUGAGAUGGUGUCUAGCCUGGGUGUGCAGACAGUGGUGAGGACCGCGUACCAUACGCAGAGUUUCGCCGUGUACCUCCGUAUGCUGGAGAAGCGGUCUAGCUGGGGCGGAGACAACGGGCUGAGGACAGUCAUCCCCUCCAUGCUGCUAUUCGGGGUGCUGGGGUAUCCAUAUGUGCUGCCGGCACCCAUUGGAGGAAAUGAAUUCCCUGACAAGGAGCUGUAUAUCCGGUGGAUGGAGCUAGUGGCCUUCUUUCCCAGCAUGCACUUCUCCAUCUCCCCCUGGCAGUUUGACUUUGAGACCGCCGAGAUUGCUCAGAAAUUUGUCUCCAUUCACGAAGAUGAGGUUACCCCAUUGGUUCUUCAGAUUACAAGAAGCGUUGUGAUGGGUCCAACCGCAGUCCGCUACGCACCAAUCAUCCGGCCGCUCUGGUGGCACUACCCGAAUGACAUCAUGGCGCAAACCAUCGACGAUGAAUUCCUGAUUGGUGACGUCAUGCUUGUUGCCCCGGUGAUGGAACAGGGGGGUCGGGCGAGGACGGUGUACUUCCCAGGGGGUGGGGUUUGGAGGGACCAGAGGGACGGGGCAACCUACGCGGGCGGGGAGACCAGAAACAUCCCCGUAGCUUUAGACGAAGUGGCAUACUUCAUGCGUGUAUAGUUUUUUUUUACGAAACGUUGCUUCAAACAUACACUUGUUGCUUCUGGUGUAAGAU